CAUUAUCAUAGCUGAAAUAUCAACCCUAUUCAUCAAAUAAGGAGUCAUUGUGCGUUCGUAUCUCUUGGGUCUCCAUUCUUAAACUUUGAAUUCAAUCUGAUACACAUUCUGUGCAUGUGACCUGCAUUUUGUCGUGCUUCUCUUCGAGGUUUAACUGUCCACCGGGGUUCAUUACUGUGCUCCACUGAUAACUGGCUGUCAUAAAACUUGUUAUCAAUCUAAUGUCAUCGUCAAAUAUUCUGCUAAUUACAGGCAAACCAGGUAUUGGAAAAACCACUCUAAUCUCUCGUGUUUUCGAUGAACUCUCUAAAAAGGCAGGAAUUCAUGUCGUAGGCUUCAAAACAGAAGAAGUUCGUCAGACAUCGUAUUCUGGAAGAUCAACUCGUCUAGGAUUUGAUAUAGUAUUGCUUGACUCAUCGCGAAGAUAUCCUCGAGCUUCAUUAGCACGUCUAGCAACGACGGCAACUAAUGAAUCAAAUCAACAGUUACAGCGUAGAUUACCUCGUGUUGGCCAAUACAAUGUAGAUAUACCGUCGUUUGAGAGUUUAGCUGUUCCUUGUCUACAGUCAAUUAUGAACAAGUUAGACAAUUUAUCUUCAAAUCUCAUCAACACAGAUGGACAACAACAGCAGCAACAACAACAACAACAUGAUGUUGAUUCAAUAGUGUGUAUUAUUAUUGAUGAAAUUGGUAAAAUGGAGUUGUAUUCAACAAAAUUCACCGCUUUAAUUGAACAACUGAUUUCAUCCAUUCUCAGCUUCAGUGAACCGAUGACGACGACGAUGACAACUAAUCAAUCGAGGAAAAAAAAGCGAUCAAAAGUUGUUCUUUUAGCAACUGUCCCGUCAUCGAAACGAUUCGAUGGUACACGUGGUAUUCCUUUUGUUGAUCGUCUGUGUUCAAUGAAAGAGGCUUGUAUCAUUGAGAUUGAUGCAUAUAAUCGUGAUUCAGUUGCUCAAGACAUGACAAAACGGAUAUCAAAUACUGAGUCUACCUAGUGUGUUGUCAAGUUGAAUCGAGUUGGGGUUUGGAGUAAAGUGGAGAAUGCGGGGGGAGGGGGCGGGAGGCGAGGCAAAUAAUUCACUGUGACAUGUAAAUAUAUUACUUGUAUUUGAAUUUGAGGAUAUAUUUUGUUGGGUUUUUUGAUAUGUGAAAAUAAAUUUUUAAUUAAACCUAA